CCACGUAAAUCCAUGCAUGCCACUGAUCGAAGAUGCAACGUCAAAACGGCCGUAUCGGUUUCCCCGCUCCGUCUUUUAUUCUCAAUCUUCUACGCUGACGUGUUAGCUUAAAUUGGGAGGAAGAAAUGGCCAAUCGGAUUGGCCUCAAUCUCCACCGCCGAAUUCCGAUUCCCUCAGUUGCUCCUUCCGCCGUGUGGUCCGCGAACAGUGCCAAGAGUACCCUUAAACGGUGGAGCGACGGAGGAAAACACCGGCGGCGUUUGAUUUUAGGCCUCGGAAUUUCCUUCUUCGGUCCGUUCGUGAAUAUGUCCGGUUCACUGGUUGGCGCCAAAUCCUUCGUUGCCUCUGCCAGGCAGAAAAAUGCUGUCGAAGAGAUUUUGAAGAACGUGGAGUGGCCAGAGCAAUUUCCAUUCAGGGAGGAGGACUUUCAGCGAUUUGACGAGACACCAGAUACGUAUUUCUAUGAAUCCCCACGCUUUGUCACCCACAUUGAUGAUCCAGCCAUUGCUGCACUCACCAAAUUCUACUCGGAGGUCUUUCCUCCAAGCAAUACACCCGGAGUUAGCAUGUUGGAUAUGUGCAGCAGCUGGGUCAGUCAUUUUCCAGCCGGAUACAAGCAAGAAAGAGUUGUAGGGAUGGGAAUGAAUGAAGAAGAGCUCAAACGCAAUCCGGUUUUGACGGAGUACAUUGUGCAAGACUUGAAUGUGAAUCCUAAACUCCCAUUUGAAGAUAAUUCUUUUGACGUUAUCACCAACGUGGUCAGUGUCGAUUACUUAACAAAGCCUCUAACCGUUUUCAAGGAAAUGAAUCGAGUUCUUAAACCUGGUGGCCUUGCCAUUAUGAGCUUUUCGAACCGCUGCUUUUUCACGAAAGCAAUCUCUAUAUGGACAUCAACUGGAGAUGCCGACCAUAUUAUGAUCGUUGGGUCGUAUUUUCACUAUGCCGGUGGAUUUGAACCUCCUCAGUUUCUGCAACUUCUCAUCAGGCUGUGGAUAUUUCUCCCAACCCUGGACGGUCGGAUCCCAUGUACAUCGUGUACUCGAGAAAGUUGUCAACAGCUUGAAAGUACACCAAGAAGUGAGCCUGUUGAACCGAAUCUGAUUUUUGCUGCAGUUUACUGACUAACUUGGGAAAAGAAGCCUGCCAUCGUUGAAGAGACCAACAAAGGAUCUGUAGUAUGAACUUCAUAAUCAUGUCAUUACAUGUAAACUAAGCUUCAAACAAAAAUCUUAGAAAUGUGAGAUGUCAAAAUCACUAAAACUUUUGUUAUUAUCUGAGGCAAAGUCAAUUAAUAAACAUAUAGAGAAAUGAUUCCAGAA